AUGGGCAACGUUGUCACCACUGCUCUUGGCACAGUCGGUGCCUUGACGCAACAACAAACUAAUGGUGCAUCUUUGUGGGGAACUCUCUCAGCCCCAACAUUCCCAUUUUUCCUUACCAAUAACCCCUUACCAAGCGGGUUUCCAUGGGGUCUCCUUACGGCAGCUGGGAGUGACCCCUACACACAGGCUCCCAACACCGGGGUAAUUCGAAGUUAUAACUUCACAAUAAGUCGAGGGUCCAUAGCACCCGAUGGCUAUCAAAGAGACGUAAUAUUAAUUAAUGGUCAAUUCCCAGGACCAGCGAUUGAGGCAAACUGGGGAGAUGUCAUACAAGUCACAGUAAACAACCAGAUUACGGGACCAGAAGAAGGGACUGCCUUGCAUUGGCAUGGUUUCCUUCAGAAGGAGACUCCGUGGUUUGACGGCGUGCCUUCGGUGGGACAGUGCCCGAUUGCGCCUAGAUCAUCUUUCACAUACCAGUUCAGGGCCAGUUUGUACGGAACUACUUGGUAUCAUUCUCAUUACUCGGCUCAAUACUCUGGCGGACUACUUGGGCCUCUGAUCGUUCACGGCCCGAAAAAUGCAAACUACGAUAUUGAUCUCGGCCCCGUCUUCCUCACUGACUGGUAUCAUACGGAGUACUUUAAGCUUGUGGAGGAAAUUAUGAAGCCAUUGCAGUCUGGCGGGAACCCAAGACCAGCAUCCGACAACAACCUCAUAAACGGAAAGAUGAACUUCGAUUGCUCCACCGUGGCCGCUGGGGAUCCCACUCCGUGCACAGAUGGCGCUGGAAUCUCGAAAUUCAAAUUCACCACUGGGAAGACCCACAGACUGAGAUUGAUCAAUGCUGGAUCUGAGGGCCUUCAACGAUUCAGUAUUGAUGGCCACAACAUGACAGUCAUUGCCAAUGACUUUGUACCAAUCGAACCAUACACAACCGAAGUCGUGACGCUUGGAAUCGGUCAGCGAACUGACGUGUUAGUCACGGCAACCGCAGGCAACUCCCAAUCCGCCUGGUGGAUGCGCUCCAACAUCUCGACCGCUUGCUCCAAAGCCAACCAACCCAAUGCCCUCGCAGCAAUCUACUAUGACAAAGCCGACACUACCAAAGCCCCGACUAGCAUAGCAUGGAACGUUCCUGACCCAGGAACUUGUGCAAACGACAACCUCUCCCUCACCGUUCCCUACUUUCCCAUCUCAGCAGCCACCCCUUCGACAACGAGGACGAUGGUCAUCGAUUACAUUAUUAACGCAACAGACAAUUUCCUCUGGCGUCUAGACGGCACCUCUGCCCGUGUCGACUACAAUGAUCCCGUCCUCCUGCUUGCCGAACAAGGAAACCUCACUUUCCCCGAUGAAUGGAAUGUAAAGAACUUCGGCACCAACACCACUGUGCGCGUCGUGGUCAAUAACCCCUCUCCCGCCUCACAUCCUAUGCACCUUCACGGACACAAUAUGCAAAUCCUUUCCGAAGGCGACGGAAACUGGGACGGCAGCACGAUCGUCAAUGCCAACAAUCCUCAACGCCGCGACGUGCAGCUCGUGCGCGCAAACGGGCACUUCGUCAUGCAGUAUGACCUUGACAAUCCUGGUGUCUGGCCGUUCCAUUGCCAUAUUGCCUGGCAUGUAAGUGGGGGCUUGUACGCGAACUUCAUGGAGCGGCCGGCGGAUAUUGGGAAGGAUAAGAAUAUUCCAAUGGUGAUGAAGCAGACGUGUACGGAUUGGGUGAAGUAUACCAAUGCGGAUGUUGUGGAUCAGAUUGAUAGUGGUGUGUAG